AGCCUCCAGCCUCCAGCCGCUCCAGGAUGAUCCAGAAACUGGUGAGCAGUACUCAGCUCUUGAAAAUUGGAAAGAUCAACGUUUGACUCGAAGUGGCGAAUAGAGAACAAAAGAAGCACAUGAAAAAUAUACUCAAAUGAGCGAAGAGUACCAAACACAGCUAGGACAAACAGGGUCAUUAUCUUCAAUAAAUGAGAUUGAUAUUAUGCACCGGAACUUGAGAAGAUAUCGCAGACGCCAAAGCGGAGUGGGUCCUACCCUAUCAAAGGGUGCAUCUCGACGAGCGGAAGAUGGCGCUACUUCAACAUUCCAAGACCACCGGGAUGUUCAAAUAAGUGAAUUGAAGGCAAAUCAAGAGUUGAUGCAAGCAAAUCAGGAGUUGAUGCUUCGUGCCCUACAACAAUUUAUUCCUGGCUUUCAACUUCCUUCACGCAGCUCCGCAAAUGAUGUUCCUUCGACAUCAAGUGCUAACCAACCUGAUCAGAGUCUCGAUGAAGAUGAUCAAGAUUGAUAAUAUCAAGUUGAAUAUGCUUUUUACUUGGUUAAGAUGAACAUGAAUUUAUUUAUGUUUACAUUUUGUGAUGUUUGUAAUGAUUAUAUGAAACUUCGUUGUAGGAUAACUCACUUUUACUAUGAAUAUUGAAUGAAGUUAUGUGUUGUUGACAUUGGUUGUGUUUGGAUAGAU